AUGUUGGAGACCGGCGAGGAAAUAGAUGAGACUCAGCAUCAGCCAAAAUUCUACUGCAAUCGAUGUAAACGGAGCGAAAAGCUUCUGCAAGAACGACUUGCAUGGUACACAGAGAGUUUGCACUACGAUUGCACCCUCCGUGUGGGAAGAGAAAAUCCGAAGAUGUUCAAAUGCCACAAAAUAGUUCUUGCCAGUUCCAGCGAAGCAUUCGCCAGUAUGCUUUACACCGAUUUGGUCGAAGGGGGCAAAGGAAAAGACGAUCCGAUUACGGUUGAUGAUGAGAGCAUUACACCUGAAUCAUUUGACUUGGCGAUGAGGUAUAUUUAUGGUGACGCAGAAAAUUUUCAGACCGUAUCCAUCGCUUGCGAAAUCUAUAAAUUCGCUCGCAAAUACAUGAUUGAAGAUUUAAUGCAUGCAGCAGCGAACAAAAUUAAAGCCGCUGCACCACAUGAGAUCCUACAAGUUUAUGAAACGCUCAAGUUUCUAGACAAGAGUGAUAAGUUAAAGGAUGCUCUCAAGACCAUCAUCGUAAGGAACACGAAUGAAGUUUUGAGUUCCCCUCAAUGGAUUGAAGCAGCACCAUCUACAGUUCUUGAUAUUUUCAAAGAACCUGUGCUGAAAGUUGGAUCUGAGAAACAUCUGUAUGAAGCCUUGAUCACUUGGGGCGAGAAAAAUUCAGAAACUACUUCCAAUCUGCGACCAAUGAUUGACAGUGCUUUGAAACAAAUCCGCUUCAUGACCUUCUCACCUUUAGAAUUCUCCAAAUUAAUUAUGAAGGUGAAGAACUGGAACAUAAGCAUAGAGAUCAAGUGA